AUGAACUUAAUACAACCUCUCAAGAUUACUCAAACAGUAGAUAGUAUGGAAAAAGCAAACACUGAUCCUAACCUUUCUCAACAGUGGAACGAUCAAUGGAACGCUUCUCAAAAUUGUAUACAAUAUUCUGGGCUUAAGUAUGUCGAACCAUUCAUUUUGGCAGACCAGACUUGUGAGACAUAUUUGUCCCAAUUUGCACUUUGGAACUAUUUCAAGCCUCAACAGCAAUCACAGCCUCAACAAUUCCCAACACAACCAAUUUACUCUCAACAAUAUAAUAUUGAACAAUGGAAAAAUUGUUAUACAACUGAUACCGCUUUACAAUCCAAUACAUGUGACUCAUUCAACCGUUCUCAAGCACAAUCUGAUAAUGAUCAACAAGUAGAAUUGAAAUAUUGGGAAUGUGCUUGUUGUAAACACCAAAAAGUCCAAGCAUGUCCUCACAAAUACCCUGGUAUUCAAUUAAAUCAAGACAAUUACAACCGUGGAGCGAAAGAUCGAGCAAAAGAAAUAGUGUCUAUAUUUGAGAAAAUGUUAGGUACUUUAGGACAUGAUGUACAUGCAUGGCUUGAAUGUUAUCUUCAAACUGAUGAAGGUAUUAAAACAGUAAUCCAAGAAUUAGAGCAAAAUAUUAAAUACAGCCAUCGUUAUCAAAAACCGAAAGAAUAUCUAAUUGAAAAGAAAGAUGUAACUAUUGUACAAUAUUGGCGAGAUAAUAACUUGAUUUCUGAUGUUACAUAUCAUAACUUACGAAAAGAAGUCAAUUUAAUGACAUUACUCCCGACAAGGAAAGAGAUGACAACAUCGAAACAAUCACUAAAUGAACAAGUUGAGAAAACUUUCAAAUUACGAUAUCCAAGUUCAAACUACAUUGGAUAUAUUAUAGACUUAGAUCAAGCCAUAUUUUAUAUUCUGAAGCUAUGUAUGUCAUUAGGGAAAAAAUUACCCAAGAAAAUAUUUUUUAAAAUUGGGGUAGAUGGUAGAGAAAUUAAUGGAGUUAAACAAGUUGCAGUUGCAUUGGUUCCACUCAAUUUAAGAGAUGUGUUUCCAUCGCAGGCUGUUUAUUCUGUGUUUUAUAUUGGGUUAUUUCAGAUGAAGGAAACAAAAGAAAGUAUCAAAGAAACAAUUGGAACGCUUCACGAUGAGAUUGAGCGUGUUUUGCAAAAACAAUAUUUUGGGAAGCAUCAAGUUUGCCUUUUUUAUGUUUCAGACAUGCAUAAUGUAGGCAUGACAUUCUCAUUUGAUUUAUGUCCCUAUUGUAUGGCUCAAACUAUUGUAGAUUUUGCAUCAACUCCACGCGACUCUCUUGACGGCCAGUUACCUUUUUCUCCGUCACAAACAAUACUAUGUGCUCUUCAUAUCAAACAGAGGCUAGUAGAAAAUGUUAUUGGUUAUAUGGCAUCAACAACUUACAAAUAUGAGAUUCAAGAUUCUUGUGAGGAGUGA